GGACAUCAUCUUUUUGACAUUACAGAUUUUGUUACGAAAAAUAAAAAUAAAAACAACCGAAAUGGAAGUGAUAUAAUCUCAACCAAAAAUCGAACAACGAUGCCAAUAUGAAUUUCUUAGACCAUUUACGGGCCCAAUGGUUUGCCGCACUAUUUGGAUGCAUUUUAUACACUGCUGCUAUUGCAAUUUUAUUUUGGAAUGAGGGCAGAGCGGUGAAUAAUGCAAUGUCAUUAGACGAGGCAAUGAGCAAUGUAUACAUUGCGAAUGCAAAUGAUCCCAUUGAUCCAUCACUGGAAGGACGACUGAUUCAUAUUACGGGUAAAAUAUCAACCGGGGAACCAUUAACCGAACCGGAUUACGGAAUACAAGUGCUAGCCGUCAAACUAAAGAGACGCGUCCAAAUGUAUCAAUGGAUUGAAGAAGAAGUGGAAUAUAAAUUCGGCGAGAGCGUAGCCACAAUCGAGGGCAAUGACCGUACUUACUAUUACACAAUGGACUGGAGAGACGAUAUCGUUGAUUCUUCAAUGUUCUACAUUCGGUCCGGACACAAUAAUCCAACGAAAUUCCCGAUUCAAACCAGGGUUCAAUUGGCAGAACACGUCAGUAUCGGUUACUUUGAACUCGGUUCUGCCGUGAAAUCGAAGGUUACUCGCUUCAUCGAACUAACAUCAGAUAGUCGUCCGGAGGAUCCGUCUGUAAAACUGCAUUCAGGACUAUACUAUCACUGCAACGAUGUGUUCAAUCCAGAAGUGGGCGAUUUAAGGAUUCAGUUUUCAUUCAGUGGAUUGGAAGGAACUACGUACACCGUUGUUGGAAUGCUUCAGAAUGGAAAAAUCGUCCCAUAUCCCACGUCAGUCAACAUUAACGUUCUACUGGUUUUUGAAGGCGACCUGACAUUAGCGUCGGCACUGAAAGCUGCCCACUAUUCAUACAAAUUGACGACCUGGGGAUUCCGGUUCAUCGGAUUUGUGCUUCUGUUUUUCGCUAUUACCUGCACAACCGCACUACUUCAAGUACUAUUUUGCCAAAACCGUUUAUUGUGGUCGAUAAUGCCGGACGCUGACCAUCCAGUUACAGGAAAUCUGAUCUUGUCAUUUUCAAUUGCACUAGCGGUUACAGCUCUUGCGUGGAUUUUUCAUAGACCUUGGAUAGGAUGUAGUAUGAUAUUUGCGGCAAUUAGCCCAUUUCUUUUGUGUGCGCGUGGUGUUAUUAUGUAUCAACGAGUGCCAUAGGUCUGAGGUUUGAUGCUAUCAUCUCUCAGAUGGCAUAAUAAAACCGCAAAUCGAGUCUCUCACUUGGGAUUGAUUUAAUAUAAAAAAGAGAUACAAAGCAAAGCAA